AAUAAGCCCCGAUUCCCAGACAACUGAAAUCAAUAGGAACCAAUCGCAAUUGAUAUUUUAAUAAUACGUGGAGUUUUCAUGUAACAACAGCUUAGCGGAUUUUCCCCCCUUCUGUCUCGAUCCAGGAUCAGAAUUUACAGUUUUACAACUUCUACUGAUAGGGUUGAGGGUUAGAAUUGUUCUGAAUGGGGAUUCAAACAACGGGAUCCCAAAGCAAUGGCCAACAGGCUCUUUCACAAGCCCCUAGGUAGUAUGAACCUUGAUGAGCUUCUCAAUAAUGUAUGGAGUAAUGAAUCGAAUCCGACCUUGGGGAUGGAUAACGGAAGUAUAUCAUCAUCGUCUUCUCUCCAACGUCAGGCUAGCCUAACCUUGGUUAGAGCUCUGAAUGGGAAGACGGUUGAUCAAGUUUGGACUGAGAUACAACAUGGUCAGAAGAGGAGGUAUGGUGAGGAGAUGAAGGAUCAUGAAAGAGAACCAACGCUUGGCGAAACCACGUUGGAGGAUUUUUUGGUACAAGCAGGACUUUUUGUUGCUGAUACAUCAUUGACUCCUACCAUGGAAUUGCAUACACAACAGAGUUUACCACUGCAGUUCAGAUCGUCACCUACCCCAUCGAUUGGCACAUUAUCGGACACACCAAUGACAGGGCGGAAAAGAGAUGCUGAAGAUGCAUUUGAGAAGAGCAUUGAGAGGAGGUUAAGGAGAAAGAUCAAGAAUAGGGAAUCUGCUGCCCGAUCACGUGCCAGAAAGCAGGCUUACCAUAACGAGCUGGUUAACAAGGUUUCGCGAUUAGAAGAGGACAAUAUAAAGCUCAAAAGAGAGAAGGAAUUUGAUAUAAAAUUUCAGUGUGAAACAUCUGAACCAAAAUAUCAACUUAGAAGAACAAGUUCUGCCAUUAUCUGACUUGUGUUUUCCGUUGUUUCAAGUUUUCUAGUUGCCAAAAUGUUAGGCUAUCCAGUUGGCUUGUUGAUGGAACUGCUUUGGGGAUUCAUCCAAGGGUUUGGCCUUUUCUACAUUUAUAAUUAUAUAUGUUGGUUUUCUACAGCUUCCAAAAA